AGCGCGCGCCGGCAGACGGUCUUCGCGCGCCGAGCUAUCCGGUCGUUCGCUUUGGGCACGAGAGCAUCCGUGCAUUAUUCUCUGCCUGUAUCCGUUCGUAUAUCUCUCUAUACUUGCAUAUAUAAAACUCACCUGUACACACCUUUCGUGCUCACAUACACAGCGUACGUGCAGUACUAGCUUUUCUACGGCAUCAUUAUCUCUUGCUAUCGCCCGGACGGGACACUCUUUUCCAGAUACUUGCCGCAGUGUGUUAUCUCUCCAGCGUGCGCGAUUUCGUAUUGUAUUAAUUGGUGACACAAGUUCUUGUUCGACGUUCUCUCGCUGAAAACACACGCGUCCAGGCUUUGUGAAGGUUUUUCCUACACUCGCUGCUGCUGCUGCUGGCUUCACCGCUAGCGCAUUGGAAUUUUAGUGUCAGUGCUAAACUGUUCUGUUCUUGCGUUCGUCCUCGACGAACUCGCUGAUACCACAUAGUGACCAGGACACCGACGAGGAGGACUAAUUCCACCACAAUGAUGACUCAACGGCCCACCAAGAUGAUCAACGGACUCCUGAUGCUGGCGCUGCUCGGCUGCACAUCGAUUCAAGCUUUCAAGCAGAAUCUGCCGGUGGACAUCGUGCCGGACAACCAGGUGGCGGUGCGACAGGGUCAGGAGCAGAAGAUUCUCUGCAAGCUCCCGGUGCCGCUGCAGGUAUGCCGCUUCACCAUACCAGGAGAGAGCAGCCUCGUGCUGCGCGACGGCCAGUCUGCGGAAGAUGGCAUCGCGUACUACGGCGAGGGCUUGAAGAAGGGACAUUGCGGUGUCGCGAUAUCAACGAUCAGAGAAAAACACGACGGCAACGUCACCUGCUUCCUUACUCCCGAUAAUGGCCGUUCCGAGACCUCCGCUACCGUCCGCAUGAUCGUUGCGAAGGCCCCGCUGCAGCCACAGCUCACUCUCAACUCGAACUAUCCCUACAAAACCGGAGAGAAGAUGGUCGUCAGCUGUGUCGCCAUGGAGGGAAGGCCGCCCGCGAACGUCUCGCUCUACUUGGACAACGAGCCGAUCGGAGUCGACGAUAGGCCCAUGUUGUUCGGACGCCGACUUGACGACAACGACUACGCCGAGCUCAACACGUCCCGCAGCGUCACCCCCAGUGACAACGGAAAGACACUCAGAUGCCGCGCCAGUCACAUUGCUCUUCAGAAACCCUUGGAAUCCAGCAGGCAGAUCGAAGUUUACUUUCCACCGCAGGAGCAGGACACCAUCCAUCGCUUCGGCUACGAUAUCGGCCGUCCCGGAAAGGUGAACGUGACCGUCCACGCCAACCCGAAGCCCACCUUCACGUGGAACGUCGACAACGUGAAGAUCACCGCUGGACAGCCCGACGUCACCGGACGCCUCCAGACCUCAACUGCCGUCGACCUGGGUCAUGGAUACUGGAGCGUCGAGUUGAACAUUGAUAGUGUUCAGAAAUCCGACACGGAGAAGGAGUACAGUUUGGAAGCCCACAACUCCGAAGGAUAUGCCACUUACAAGAUUACCUUAUCUUCUGCUUCUGAGCCCGCAGGAGCUAUGGAUCGAAUUAAUCAAUUCUACGGUAAGAUCUCCGAACACAUGCACGCACUAGGAGUUGAUUUGGACGCUGGAUCGAUAAUUGGAAUCGUUGUUGGAGUUUUGAUACUGAUCCUUGCUGUGUUCUUGGUAGUUUUUGCUCGUGCGACUGGUCGCUGGUGCUUCGCAGGUGGCUCGGCAAAGAGAAAUAUCGGAGAAUCAGACUUAGCGGAACCGGCGGAGAGUGUUAAUCUACUUCGCUUCGUCAAACCAAAAACAGACGAUGCCAGUCCGCGAAGAAGCGAUACCGAGAGCACUGGACGUUACUCGAGGACCGAAGUAGACGCUGGCAAAAACAGUGGAAGACCAAGGAUCAGCCUUUCGCAGCUUUUCAAGCGUAACAAGGACAAGGUGUCCGGUGCUGAUACCGAUACGGUGCGAACUGUCGUUACCAUGGAUGACGAGAAGUGGUAAACAACUCGAAUCGCAGAUUCCAGCCAGCGAGGUGACGACGGCCCGGGAAACGCCGACGUCCGGUCACGAGGGCGGAAUCGUCUACGCAGAGCUGGAUCUGGCGCAUCAACAGCAGCAAACAGGACCAAGACGAGUCACCGACGAUAAGACCGAAUACGCCGAGAUCCUCUACACGAAACCGGAAGGACAGCCCCAGGAUCUUCCGUCGCCUGACAAGUAAACUCCACCGAUGAAUCCGUAGAGAAGACGAAGUGUAUUGUAGGCAUCAAAUGCCGUCCAAUUGCGAAUCCUGUAUUGACCUGGGCUGACGCUUUUUUCUCUUUGAAUGUGAUUCAUAUUUUAUUUGUCUUCAUCUUUUUUUAGUACUUUUAUACCUGUACUAUUUUGUAUUUGCACAAUUGCACGGCGUCAGUUGCUCUUAUUAUGAAAAAAAGAUUGUAUAGAGAGAUCGAUCUCACGAGGUUGUGAGAGAUGAAGCAGCUUUAUAGAGAUUAGUUGAGGAUGAUUCUCUGGACUCUGUGGAGGUUUUGAAAAACUGUAGGAGAUUGAUAGAAGAAAACUGCACAAGUUUUUUAUGAUUGUAACAAAUUUUAACAACUGCACUUUUUUUACUUGUUAACCUUUAGAGUUUUAAUACAUACUUUUGACAGUAGUUUUCGUCAAAGAUAACUUGGAUUUACAAAAAGUUUAAACUUUGAAAAUGGAUUUUAAAAAAUACUGCUUUUAAGUGAUGAUGCUUAGUAAACAUAAAAAAAAAAACAGAAACAUAAUAGGUGCAUUGAACAAAUCAAGACCACGAGUAUUUACAUAAAUAAAAUUAAUUGGAUACAAAAAAGCACGAUCACAUUAUGUUUGACCUAUCCUAGAUUUAAAGCUCCAAAAUAAAAACUUCAAUAGGAAAUCUGAGAGAUAUGCAAUAGAAGUGAGAUUUAGCAACGGUUUUAGUAAGCAUGAAUGCCAACUAUUUAUCAUGUUAAAGAAUUUUUUCGAAAUCUACAUUCUUUAAAUGUCAUAAACUUCGAGAAAGAUCAAACGAUAUAAUGCACCUCUGCGUGAAUUUAAAUUACUUUUUUGUAUCUUCUAGCUGCAAUUAACCGCAUUCCCUAAGCGACCUGUAAUUCAUGUAGUAAUUCUAAAGACUCACGCAGAAAGUAGAGAGUGUCGUUGGCGGGUAAUUUCCCCUGUUCUCAGAAUAUCUUGACUGUCGAACUCGUUUCGACGUGAAUAUGCAGUAGGUCACGGUACCUAUUUUCCACUCGAUAGAGCGUCGAUAAUGUCAAUUAUGCGCUUUGACUGGUGUUCGCUGGACAGAUAAAUAAUUAAGCUUCAUCGAAUGAUAUGCGACGACGGAAUCUGCAACCACUAGCGAAGUAUCGCGCAGUCAUACACAAAUGGUUCAUGUACUUAAAGGUUGUUAAUUUUUUUAACACCUCUUCUCAUUUGGCUCGUUCUGAACGAGACUUUUCAAGCGUUUGUUUAGAUUUUUUCUUUGCUUUAUUUUUGUUUUUAGUUUUUAUUGAGAAAUUUUAUUUUCAUUUAUUUUUAAUGAUUUUUCCUUAACAAUAAAUCAUGACUAUUCAAGAAAUAUACAUUUUAGAAAGUUUGCUUUGUAGCAUAAUAUUUUAUCGUAGGAUUGUAACAUGCUAGUUUUGGAUAAACAGCAAUACACUGAUAUUUAUAUCUGAUUUCUAGAAAUGAAUGUAAUUUUGCAAAUUUAUUAUUUGUAGAAAAUGGUUGUGCAGUUAAGAGAACCUUUCGAGUACAAUUAUUUAAUGUAAUCUUUUUUUACAUAACCAAACUUUAUAGAUAUGAAUUUAAUUUAAUCAUUGUGAAAAUCAUAUACUGUAUUCUCAUGUAAGAUUAAGAAAAUUAAGAAAAUUAUUUAUAAUGUAAAUUAAGCUUACGCCUACUCAUAAUUAGAUAUAGAAUAUUUUUGUGUAAAAUCGAGUGUUUGUAUUUUGUAAAAAUCGACGUUGUAAAAUAUUCAUACAAUGUAACAUUAAGUUUUAAGAUAUUGCAUGAUUCUUACUUUGUAAUUUCUUUAUGUGCCUAUGCUGUGGCUCGUAUCGUUAUAUUGACGUAAGAUCACACUUUAUGUUUGUAAAUGUACAAUUGAUAUAUGAACACGGAAUUUCUGAUGCGCAGCUCACUCGUUACAAUGUAAUCAUGAUAUACAUAUAUGUAGAAGCAGGAUAUUUUUUAAACCGUUUUGACCGCAGCUUGAAAUAUAAACUGUAAGAAUACCUCGAUUAUACAUAUGUCUCAAUCAUCGGUUUGUAUACUUUAGAAUGUAUUCUAUGAUUCAACGUGUCUAUUUUGAUAAAUAAAUUGGAUUAUAAACUAUU